GACCCAGCGGGCCGCCUCCCGUGGCAGGCGCGGGGCGAGCGGGAGCCGCGCGGAGCCCGGGCCCAUGGUGCGCCCGUGUCCGUCGGUCGGGCCGCGCGGGCGGCUCCGCGCGUGGCCCGGCGCUCGCGAGCUCGCCCCCUCGCUGCGGGCCCGGCCCGCCCGCUGCCGCCGCCUCCUCCCCCGGGGCGGCGCGGCGCCUGCGGGCGGCGGCGCGGAGGCCGGACCGGGCGGCGGCCCAAGCGGCGCGGGGGGCGCGGCGGCCAAGGCGGGCGACAUGACGGACAACAUCCCGCUGCAGCCGGUGCGCCAGAAGAAGCGGAUGGACAGCAGGCCCCGCGCCGGGUGCUGCGAGUGGCUGAGAUGCUGUGGCAGAGGGGAGCCCAGGCCCCGCACAGUCUGGCUGGGGCACCCCGAGAAGAGGGACCAGAGGUACCCUCGAAAUGUCAUCAACAAUCAGAAGUAUAACUUGUUUACCUUUCUUCCUGGGGUGCUGUUUAACCAGUUCAAAUACUUUUUCAACCUCUAUUUCCUGCUACUCGCCUGCUCCCAGUUUGUUCCUGAAAUGAGGCUUGGAGCGCUCUAUACCUACUGGGUUCCCCUGGGCUUUGUGCUGGCCGUCACCAUCAUCCGAGAGGCGGUAGAGGAGAUCCGAUGCUAUGUGCGGGACAAGGAAGUCAACUCCCAGGUCUACAGCCGGCUCACAGCAAGAGGGACAGUGAAGGUAAAAAGCGCCAACAUUCAAGUUGGAGAUCUUAUCAUUGUUGAAAAGAAUCAGCGGGUCCCUGCUGACAUGAUCUUCCUGAGGACAUCAGAAAAAAAUGGGUCCUGCUUCCUGCGGACAGACCAGCUGGACGGGGAGACGGACUGGAAGCUGCGGCUGCCCGUGGCCUGCACGCAGAGACUCCCCACUGCCGCCGAUCUUCUUCAGAUUCGAUCGUAUGUCUAUGCAGAGGAGCCAAACAUUGACAUCCACAACUUCGUGGGAACCUUUACCAGAGAGGACAGCGACCCUCCAAUCAGUGAGAGCCUGAGCAUAGAGAACGCGCUGUGGGCCGGCACUGUCAUCGCGUCAGGAACCGUGGUUGGUGUUGUUCUCUAUACUGGCAGGGAACUCCGGAGUGUCAUGAAUACCUCAAAUCCUCGUAGCAAGAUCGGCCUGUUUGACCUGGAAGUAAACUGCCUCACGAAGAUCCUCUUUGGCGCUUUGGUGGUGGUGUCGCUGGUCAUGGUUGCCCUUCAGCACUUCGCCGGCCGUUGGUACCUGCAGAUCAUCCGCUUCCUCCUCUUGUUCUCCAACAUCAUCCCCAUCAGUUUGCGUGUGAACCUGGACAUGGGCAAGAUCGUGUACAGCUGGGUGAUCCGAAGGGAUUCAAAAAUCCCCGGGACCGUGGUUCGUUCCAGCACGAUUCCUGAGCAGCUGGGGAGGAUUUCUUACUUACUCACAGACAAGACAGGAACUCUUACCCAGAAUGAGAUGGUUUUCAAACGGCUCCAUCUAGGCACCGUGGCCUAUGGCCUCGACUCAAUGGAUGAAGUACAAAGCCACAUAUUUAGUAUUUAUACCCAGCAGUCCCAGGACCCCCCUGCUCAGAAGGGCCCCACGCUCACCACCAAAGUCCGGCGGACCAUGAGCAGCCGUGUGCAUGAAGCGGUGAAGGCCAUUGCGCUCUGCCACAACGUGACUCCCGUGUACGAGUCCAACGGCGUGACCGACCAGGCUGAGGCCGAGAAGCACUACGAAGACUCCUGCCGUGUGUACCAGGCGUCCAGCCCGGAUGAGGUGGCCCUGGUACAGUGGACUGAAAGCGUGGGCUUGACCCUGGUGGGCCGCGACCAGUCUUCCGUGCAGCUGAGGACCCCUGGCGACCAGAUUCUGAACUUCACCAUCCUGCAGAUCUUCCCUUUCACCUACGAAAGCAAGCGCAUGGGCAUCAUCGUGAGGGAUGAAUCAACUGGAGAAAUCACAUUUUACAUGAAAGGAGCAGAUGUCGUCAUGGCUGGCAUCGUGCAGUACAACGACUGGCUGGAGGAGGAGUGUGGAAACAUGGCCCGAGAAGGGCUGCGGGUGCUCGUUGUGGCGAAGAAGUCUCUGGCAGAGGAGCAGUAUCAGGACUUUGAAGCCCGCUACGUCCAGGCCAAGCUGAGUGUGCAUGACCGCUCUCUCAAAGUGGCCACCGUGAUUGAGAGCCUGGAGAUGGAGAUGGAGCUGCUGUGCCUGACGGGGGUGGAAGACCAGCUGCAGGCAGAUGUGCGGCCCACCCUGGAGACCCUGAGGAACGCCGGCAUCAAGGUUUGGAUGCUGACGGGAGACAAGCUGGAGACGGCCACAUGCACAGCAAAGAAUGCACAUCUGGUGACCAGAAACCAGGACAUCCACGUUUUUCGGCUGGUGACCAACCGCGGUGAGGCCCACCUCGAGCUGAACGCCUUCCGCCGGAAGCACGACUGUGCGCUGGUCAUCUCCGGAGACUCCCUGGAGGUGUGCCUCAAGUACUACGAGUAUGAGUUCAUGGAGCUGGCCUGCCAGUGCCCGGCCGUGGUCUGCUGCCGCUGUGCCCCCACCCAGAAAGCCCAGAUCGUGCGCCUGCUUCAGGAGCGCACUGGAAAGCUCACCUGUGCAGUAGGUGAUGGAGGCAAUGAUGUCAGCAUGAUUCAGGAAUCUGACUGUGGUGUGGGCGUCGAGGGAAAGGAGGGAAAGCAGGCUUCCCUGGCUGCAGACUUCUCCGUCACUCAGUUCAAGCACCUGGGCCGGUUGCUUGUGGUGCACGGCCGGAACAGCUAUAAGCGGUCGGCUGCCCUCAGCCAGUUCGUGAUCCACAGGAGCCUCUGUAUCAGCACCAUGCAGGCUGUCUUUUCCUCCGUGUUUUAUUUUGCCUCCGUUCCUCUCUAUCAAGGAUUCCUCAUCAUCGGGUACUCUACCAUCUACACCAUGUUCCCCGUGUUUUCUCUGGUCCUGGACAAAGAUGUCAAGUCGGAGGUCGCCAUGCUAUACCCCGAGCUCUACAAGGACCUCCUCAAGGGGCGACCGUUGUCCUACAAGACAUUCUUGAUAUGGGUUUUGAUUAGCAUCUAUCAAGGGAGUACCAUCAUGUAUGGGGCACUCCUGCUGUUUGAGUCGGAAUUCGUGCACAUCGUGGCGAUUUCCUUCACAUCACUGAUCCUCACGGAGCUGCUGAUGGUGGCCCUGACGAUCCAGACCUGGCACUGGCUCAUGACGGUGGCCGAGCUGCUCAGUCUGGCCUGCUACAUCGCUUCCCUGGUGUUCCUACAUGAGUUCAUCGAUGUGUACUUCAUCGCCACGCUGUCGUUCUUGUGGAAAGUCUCUGUUAUCACUCUGGUCAGCUGUCUCCCCUUGUACGUCCUCAAGUAUCUGCGAAGACGAUUCUCCCCUCCCAGCUACUCGAAGCUCACUUCGUAGGCGGAGGGGACUCGGUCUCUGCGUGUUCCUGAUGGACAGAGUUCAAGUUCCAUUUAUAUUACCCACCACCUGUGGAUUCUGCAGUAAUUGCUAACACGUGCAGUUCUGAUGUGCAGAAGCUCUGCACAGAGUCCUCACACUGAGUAGACAGGAGGGAGGUCCUAAGAGGGGCCCACGCAGGCCUGUUUGAACCCCUGGUGACGCAUUUUUGGGUGAAUGUGAAUAUGUGAAAACUGGUGGCUCAGCCAAGAGAUUGAUAGUAUGGGUCACUGUGCAAGUUUCCUUGUGACUUGAAUUUUGUUGUCAUGUGAUAAAAGCUUCUGUCUAAUUGAAGAUGGCAGAAGGUUUUUUGUUUUUCAGCCCGAACAUAUGUGUAGUCUUUAUGUCUUUCUCACUCCUAAAAUCUGGGUUUGGAGAAAUAUGAAGCUCCCAGUAUAAGUUUGGGGGAAAAGGCUGUGAUAUUUGGCAAAAAAGUUAUCUAGACAAUAAUCUCACUUUGGAAAUGCCGGACAUCCUCUCUAAGGCAGCCCUGCUUACUGAUGUGCUUACUGACAUCCCAGGAUUACAAAACGCAAAGGAGAGGAGAGGAGAGUGCCACGAAUCAAGGCUGUCACCCUUCAUCUGAGGCAACCUCUACAGCCCUCGAGUUAACGUCGCCGGCCACCUCAUAAAAGAGUUUCAAAGGUGUUACCCUGCGUUGUGGGGACCUGGUAGCAAUCAUAAAACCUGUGGCCAUCUGAGGACACCCUCUGACAUUUUCAGCUGAGCUGUUUUAGCAGGAAACGUGCCACCGAACAGCCUCUAAAUGUGUCGACAGUGUGAUAAGAGACUCAACUAAUUUCUUAGACAACAUCGCACAUGUGGCUCAGACCCUGAGUGCGAAGUGGAAAGGUCAGGGACUGGGGCUCUUUACUUCCACUGAAAUCUGUUUCCUGUUAGGAGGACUUAUUGAAGAUGCAAUGGCAAAGGCAGAGGCAUCUUACCGGGUUGCCAUUUAUCGGUGGCAGCUUCAAGAAAGGGGCCCUGGUGGGAGGAGGCCCAGGCAACAGCUUUGGGGUCUGGGCUCUGUUCCACUGCCUACAGAUUUCAAGCGGAACUUGCUGAAAGGCAGCCAGUAGUAAAGAUUCCUCCCGCACCAGGAUGGAGGACAUGCAUGUGUGUUUCUUAUAAAGCUGUGGCUUCUCAUUUCAGAGGAAGAAAGGAGUUUGCAAGCGCUGGACGUGGCAGGGCAAGGCAUUCUUGGGUUUUCAAGUCACCUCUUGGAGCAGCCACAUCUGCAUGCCAUAGGGUUAAGUUGGUAGAUCUUCAAGAGCUGACUGUGUUUGAGAUCUGAGAUUUAUGACUGAUUCUUUUUGAGGACAUCCCCGUCAACCCUUCAGCAUGACGCUUCUUUUGCGUGUGUGCUUCAGAGAGGUAAGUUCCAGCCUGGUUGCCGAGGUCCACCACCCGAGGUCUCUUGGAGAGCUGGGGACAGAGGGAGCACAUAGUUCCUCGCCUUGGAGCCCUCUUGAUAUGUCAUGGAUUUGUGGUGCCCUUUUAUAACUUUGUACAAUGACAGUAAGUUGCAGGCACUGGUAAAUUGGUUAUUGAUGUCAUUUCUGUUUUCAGAUCCUGCAGUUUUGUAGAAUUUUCCCUUUCCUGUUCCAGCCAUUUCUGCCGUACAGAAGAGAUCUAUAGAGGAUAGAUACUGCAGCGAAUAGAUUGUUAUUUAGGAAUAGGAUCUUGGUCCAAAUAUUUCAGAAAGUUUGAGCAGGUCUGACUCUUUCCUGAGUGAUCUGAGGUUGCUUCCAAGUUCAAGGGGGGAGAAUGUUGUGCUCAGUGUUUUUACACCUCUGUCUGUCUUUUUGGAAGUCAGACUGUAAAACUGGACGUCAUAAGCAGUUCCACUCUGAGUGUAAAAACCCAGAACCUAGCCUUGUUCACAGCCAGGUGAUGGCUCUGGCACGUAGAUUCUUGUGGAACCCUCAUCAGGAAAGUUUAGACGUCCCCUGAAGGUAGAGGGAACGAAGAUGGUCUCUUUGGUCUUUUCCUUAAUUCCUAAUUUUGAUCAAGGUGCAUGAGAUAACUUUUAAAGUCAAACUGCUAAGGUACCACUUGGCAUCUCGAGGAGGGAGCUUCUAAGAGGGGCUGAAGUAGCCAUCCUGGAAGUCAAAGGAUGCUCGUCAGUGCCAUGACAUGCCUCUCUGUGCAGCCAUCUUGGACACAUGCUGAUGGACGCAAUCAAGGGCAAAAGGGAACAGAACCCAGGUGGACCCACCAUGUUGUCCGACCACCAUGUCGGUGCACAGCCUGCUCUCGUCACCUGCUGGGACUCCCUGAGCAUCUUGGAUUGCGUGAUUCGUGUGCUUCUCCAAUUCAGACCCCAAGACAGCAGCCUCAAGUCAGCUGAGAGCAUGCAGUCCUUGCUGGCACGUGUCAGACUGUGUCCGAACAAAGAACUGGUACGUGUGGGUGCUUCUGGGGGGCUGCUCCUUGUGACGGAAGACAGGUGAACGAAGCAUUGAGCUAUUGUGCAGGAAACUCCUGAGUUCACAAGCAUAAGGAUUCUGUUGGCAUUUGUCUUGGUUCACCAAUCUGGAAAGAACUUAGGAAGCCCCACUCACCCCUUCCCUUUGCUUCGAGACUCAGUGGGACCAAACUCUCCGGCAGCUGAUUUAUUUUGAGGCCAGAGGCCCCAUGGCACGCAAUCAGUGCUGUUUAAAUAUUUUUCCUUAAGGUAAAAAUUAUGAUUCCCCCUACCCCCCGACGACACUAGGUAUUUCUGUCAGAGCAAGUCCUUCUAUUUUAGUUACUUUUAUUACAUCUUUUGGUGACAGUUGUGUGUGUGUGGGGAGAAUGGGAUCUACCUAGUUUCUUUUUUCCUUCCUUCCUCCUUUUCUCCAAGAAAAGGACCAGAUCAGUAAUUGAGUACUUGCUCAUAUCUGACAGUUUAGACUGUAGUUUUGAGGGUGUGCACGUGCACAUGCGUGUCACGUAAGGUGCUGGGUGAGACUGGUGGCUGCUCAGGGCAAGCAAGGAAGGACGUCCCAGGAAGCAUCUUGACAGUGGAGCACACCACCUGUUUACAGCCACCCGGGGCAGGGAGACCAAGACCUGGGAUUUCUCCCACUGUUAGCAUUCGUAUAUCCAGACCCCAGACUCAACCCCCUUAGUAAGUGAAACCCUUUUUUGUAGCUGUAAGCCUACAUACCAGCAUCUGCUUAUCCUUUCCUCAGUGGGUUCUCUGCUGAAAAUUGAGGUCAUGCGGACAACUUUUGAAUGUAUUUUGAGUUUUGUGCUCUUUGGAAAUUGCCACAAUAAUGCCUAUAUUUCUUCCUCCAGACUUUUGUUUUUAUACUUUGUUUUUACUGCAGUUGGGAUCAGAACACCCUCACUCCAUUAUGGGGCAGCAUUUUAAACCUUUGCCAAAGUUGCAAAUGGGACCUACGUGUUCUUCUGCUCCAUCCUAUUUAAGACAAACACCUAUCAGCUAUUGUUUUCUUUAUUUUUUUCUGUGUGUGAUUGAAACGUGUGUGUGUGUGAGUGCAUGAUGUCAUCUCAAGUUUUUUGAAGAGAUUAUUUGGUUUGCAUUAAAAUUUCUUCACUUCCAGCUUUGUUUUCAUUAAAAAAAACAGCACUUUGUAAACAAAAUAUUUUAAUUUCACCCUACCUUAUUUUAAUGUAAAGCUUUUUGUCGUUUAUAUAUACUUCUUAGGAAAUAUUUCCAUUAAUUAUGUCCAUGUCAUCUUGAAAAAAAUACAUAUUUUUGAAUGGAACUGAAAAGUCUAUGUGAGCAGCACCCCUAAUUCUUUGAGUUUUCUAGCAUCUUCUUACGCCAAAGCAGCGUUACCUGUGACUCACGGCACGGUUGGAGGUAUAGUCUGAUAAUGUCACUGGGCAAUGUGAGUGAACAUUGUGUUUGUGGGGGACAAGUGUGUGUGGGGGUGUGUUAUCUGCAAAAAAAAAAAAAAUUUGUGGCUUACUAUUUUGUUGCAAUGGGGCAAACUGUGAACUCUAGGAUUUUGUGACGUCCUCAUUAGUAGGUCUCUGUAACCCUCAUUGCAAAUAUUCACCAGAGCAGCGUUUCUUCGUUAGAGGACAGCUCUGGUGCAGUGUGCUUCAGUUCAGCGGGAACUCCCAGAUGCUUUAAACUCUCAGUCCUGUGAUGACACACAUGUGAUCCUGCGUGUUUCCGAGCAGUUUUACUUUCAUUGUCUGCCAGCGUGACCUGUUGCUGUUGCCCAAUAAAGCUUGUGUACUUUAUGCUU